ACUGCGGCCACGGCGGGGGACGUCUGUGACACGCUCCAGACUUCACUGAUGAAGACCCCUCCAUCUCCUCGCACGCCUUCCUUCAGUUUUCUUUCUCAAGAUUAGCCUAAGUUUGUCUCCCCCCACCCCCUCCUGGUCCUCACAUCUGGCUGAGAGACCCUGCGCGCAUUCUGAACAAUUUAAAGGCUGCCAGCAUGCGUCUCUGCUUCGGAUUAAGCCGCCCUCAUGAGAGCCCGAGAUCCAGCCUUGCCUGACUGGGAUAGUCUAUUGCUCCAUCAUUUCAUCUUUCGUUGAUUUUCCUUUUUACGGGAAGACGGAGAGGUGUUUUCUGCCUGUUCAGCCAGUGUGAUGGUUACUCUCGGUCUGUACUGACAGCGGGAUACGAUCGUUUUUGGGGCUUUUUGGGGACAUUGAGACGGGGGAAAAAUGAAAGCACCCAUCCCUCUCCAGUUUCUCCUCUAUGCUACAGUAAUUAGGAGCUUAAAGGUGGUGUCCAAGCGAGGCUCAGUGGACGGCUGCACGGACUGGUCAGUGGACUACUUGAAAUACAAAGUGCUUCUUGGGGAGCCAGUGAGGAUUAAGUGUGCAUUGUUUUACGGAUAUAUUCGCGCCAACUACACCCACGCCCAGAGCGCGGGCCUCAGCCUCAUGUGGUAUAAGAGCGCCGGGCACGGGGACUUCGAGGAGCCCAUCUCCUUUGACGGAAUCAGGAUGAGCAAGGAGGAGGAUUCCAUUUGGUUUCGACCAGCCGAAUUACAGGAUGUCGGCCACUACUCCUGUGUGUUACGAAAUUCCACAUACUGCAUGAAAGUGUCUAUGUCGCUGACAGUGUCUGAGAAUGACACAGACCUGUGCUAUAACUCCAAAAUGAAGUACUUUGAGAAGGCUGAGUUGAGCAAAGGGAAGGACAUCCUCUGUCCUGACAUAGAGGACUAUGUCCAGCCUGGCAAAGACCCAGAGAUUGUAUGGUACAAGGAGUGUAAACCCAAGCAUUGGCGGCAAAGCAUCGUGAGGAGGAGAGAUACCCUUUCCAUUAAGGAAGUCAGAGAAGACGACAUUGGAAAUUACACGUGUGAAUUAAAGUUUGGAAACUUUGUGGUUCGAAGAACCACUGAACUGUCAGUCACAGCCCCUUUGACCGACAAGCCUCCAAAGAUCCUCUUUCCUGCCGAAAACAAAAUGAGCAUCAUGGAGUUACAAUUAGGCAGUCCAGUGAACCUGACGUGCCGAGCGUUCUUCGGCUACAGUGGCGACGUGAGUCCGCUCAUCUACUGGAUGAAGGGCGAGAAGUUCAUCGAGGAUCUGGAUGAGAGUCGGUUCCGAGAGAGCGAAAUCAAGACUCUGCGAGAGCACUUGGGGGAACAGGAAGUGUCCAUCUCUCUGACCAUAGAUGCUGUAGAGGAAAGUGACCUGGGUAAUUAUUCUUGCUAUGUGGAAAAUGGCAACGGAAGAAGACAAGCUAACAUCCAGCUCACCAAGAGGGCAGAGCUCAUGUAUACAGUUGAGCUGGCCGGUGGACUGGGUGCCAUUCUGCUGUUGCUGAUUUUCCUGGUUACCCUUUAUAAGUGCUACAGGAUUGAACUCAUGCUCUUCUACAGGAACCACUUUGGCAGUGAGGAUGUGGACGGUGAAAACAAGGACUAUGAUGCAUACCUGUCUUACACUAAGGUGGACCCAGACCAGUGGAGCCAGGAGACCAGAGAGGAGGAACGCUUUGCUCUGGAGAUUCUCCCGGAUGUUCUGGAGAAACAUUAUGGGUAUAAACUCUGCAUCCCUGACAGGGAUUUGAUCCCUACUGGAAGUUUCACCAAUGAUCAUUUCCAGGAUGACACGAGACUCCUUAGAGCGUACAUAGAAGAUGUGGCUCGCUGCGUGGACCAGAGCAAGCGGCUGAUCAUCGUCAUGACACCCAACUACGUCGUGCGUCGGGGCUGGAGUAUCUUCGAACUGGAGACACGCCUGCGCAACAUGCUGGUGAGCGGCGAGAUCAAGGUGAUCUUGAUCGAGUGCGCUGAGCUGCGCGGCAUCAUGAACUACCAGGAAGUGGAGGCACUGAAGCACACCAUCAAGCUGCUGACCGUCAUCAAGUGGCCCGGGCCCAAGAGCAGCAAGCUCGACUCCAAGUUCUGGAAGCGGUUGCAGUAUGAGAUGCCCUUCAAGCGGCCCGAGCGCGUGCUGUCCCACGAGCAGGUGCUGGACGUGAGCGAGCAGGGCCCGUUCGGCGAGCUGCAGACCGUCUCGGCUAUCUCCAUGGCAGCGGCGACCUCCACGGCCAUGGCCACGGCGCAUCCUGAGCUGCGCUCCACCUUCCACAACAGCUACCACACCUCACUUAGACAGAAACACUACUACCGCAGCUAUGAGUACGAUGUCCCGUCAUCCGGAACCCUUCCACCCCUGACCUCUCUGGGCAAUCAGCACACCUACUGCAACAUCCCCAUGACUCUCUUGAAUGGCCAGCGGCCACAGGGCAAAGGACAGCGGGCCGAGCAGCAGCAGCAGCAGCUGGAGGAGCAACACGCGAACAACGCCAUGCUGCCGCUGUUGCCCCGGGAGACCAGCAUCUCCAGUGUCAUCUGGUGACGCCAUCUUCCGACGAGGGGAAGGAACUGGUUUUUAAUUGCCAUUUGCUGAAGCCCUGGCGAUGGAAGAGAACGGGAAGAACAAACACUAAAGAAGAGUCAAAACAAACGUCGACUGCUGCUGUCGAAUUUGCACCCCAACUCACAGGGAUUCAAAAACUGUGGAGUUCAGAACACACCCAGAAACCCUGAAUCAGAACACAUUUUCAUUAAGCGGAGUGGGUGCAAAAGCCUAUGAGAACUCUGAGAACCCAUUGCGUUUCACACCUGCACACUUUUCACAUCCACACACACAUGCAGACACACACAAAAACACACAUGUCGCACUCACUCUGACACUUGCUAGGAAUACAGGGUCUUGUACAUAUAUUUGAGAUUUCUUUGUAGCAUUGGUAUUUUUUCAGUUACGGUCUAUUUUUGUGUUCUUUUACUUGUUUUUAUCAUCCAAAUUUUUAUAUCUAAUUUGAUUUCUUUUUUAUUUUUUCCUUAUGAAAUAUGAAAUAACUGAAGAGAGCUCUGUAAGGUAUAAAGACUGAUGUGUUGUAUUUUUCUCUUGACUUGUAGUUUGCAAAUGUAGUUUGAAACAAUUUCUUUCUUUUUUUUUUUUGUUUUUCUUUUUAAGGUUAUGGGAUUUGUGGCAUUGUGAUGUUUUCUUUGAGAGAGCACCAGUUUUUGGUUGUUGUAGUUUUUUGUUAGUUUUGGUGAAUGAACAGUGGGUAUCUCUCAACUUUUAAGAGGACUAUAGAACAAAACUCGAUUAUGCAAAAGGUGCAGAGGCCUGGGAGCAAAUCCUCUUCCUGAACGAACGACCAAGCAGAAGACACCAGAGAGGAAACAAAACACCUCACGACGAUCUAGUGUCUCUGCUCUCUCUCUCUCUCUCUCUCUCUCUCUCUCUGUUUCUCUCUCUCUCUCUCUUGCUCCUUAGCUCUCUCUUGCUUUCUCUCUCAUGAAAUAUCGAUACUUUCUAUUAAAAAAAAACAACAGCUUUGCUGUUUAGCUUGAUAGUGAAAGAUUUCAUCAUAAGAAAAAAAUCUGUAUAUUAUUUUAAAAGAAAGAAGUAUAUUUUUGUAACAAAAGAAUUUGCUUGGAAAGACAUACUUAGUCACAUUUCAUUCCACUAAUGAGAGGUGUAGAGUGAGUUCUUUGCAUAAUAUCCUACCUUUAAUUUGAAAGGAAAAAAAAACACAAACGUAUUUUUAAUGUUUCUGUCAAAGUCUUAAAUCAUGGUUGGGCAAAGGGGAAAGAGUAUAUUUGUGUUUUUAGGACUAUCUUACCCAUGAUGACGGUGUCAUUUCUGAGUGUGCAUAGCAACUAGAUAUGUAUUCAAUUUAUAAUAUAAAUAUCUAUAUAUAUAUAUAUAUUUACAGACAUUUCACAACUGACAAAAAGUGCUUAUCAUCAAACCAAACCCAUAACUUGGAAUAAUUGCAUCAAAUUUGUUUUUUCACUACAUAUUAAAACCUGUUAACCUCC